AUGGAAAACUCCUCAUCCAACAGCUUCAUAUUUCAGCUGGAGGGCCUGCAGGUGUCUGGGACUUCCAAGUACCCCAUCUUCAUCUUCCUGCUUCUGUCGUACGUGUUCGUCUUACUGGCCAACGUAGGCAUCACACUGUUGAUCUGGUCGGAGCAGAGCCUCCACCAGCCCAUGUACCUGCUGUUCUGUAACCUGUCCGUCAACGACCUGAUGGGAAACUCCGUCCUGAUACCUCGUGUGCUCGCUGACAUUCUGGUGCCUCCGUCCGAACGCCUCAUUCAUUACUACGAGUGUGUGAUCCAGGCUUUCAUCACUCACAUGUUCGGUACUAACGCUCACACAAUGCUCAUGAUUAUGGCCUUCGACAGAUACGUGGCCAUCUGUAACCCGCUGCGCUACUCGGCCAUAAUGACCAGUCGUAUGGUGAUAAAGCUGACGGUCGGUGCUUGGGGUACGGGGUUCGUAUUGGUGGGGAUUCUGCUCGGUCUGACCAUCAAACUGAAGCGAUGCAGGACAUUUAUUGCGAACAUGUACUGUGAUAACGCUGCUCUGUUCAAACUGUCGUGCGAGAACGUGUUCAUCAAUAACGUGUACGGUCUGCUGUACACUGUGGUCCUGCUGACCUUCUCCAUCGGCAGUAUAAUCCUCACUUAUUCUAAAAUCACAGUGACCUGUCUGACCAGUAAGAGUAAGUCUCUGAACAGUAAAGCCUUUAAAACCUGCAGCACUCACCUGUUUCUCUAUCUCAUCAUGCUCGCCACCGGCCUCAUCUUUGUCAUUCUCCAUCGCUUCCCUAUGUACGCCGAGUGCAGGAAGUUUAUCGGCAUCAUGUUUAACGUGAUCCCUGGCAGCUUUAACCCUGUCAUCUAUGGGCUGCAGUCCCAGGAAAUACAUAAGUGCUUGUCAAAUAUAUUUGAAUCAAGAAAAGUUAAAAAGUAA